AACCGCGGCAGCCGCAUCCGCCGCCGGUAACCACCGCAUUCUGAUUGUUGUUUCGUUUUCUCCAAUUUGAUCUUGUGUUGUUUCAUUUUCUUCAAAAUGACCGGAUUUCAAGAUGAACAACUCAGCCAAUUAAAGGAGAUAUUCGCAAGAUUCGACUUGGAUUCCGACGGUGGCCUCACUAUCCUAGAGCUGGCGGCGCUAUUGAGAUCGCUGGGGCUCAAGCCCUGCGGCGACGACCUCCACGUCCUCUUGGCCAACAUGGACAUCAACGGCAAUGGCUUCGUGGAAUUCGACGAACUAGUAAAUGCGAUGACCGAUUUGCCUGAAUUGAAGCAAGAGAUUUUGAGAAAUCAGGAGCAUCUCGCUGAGGCUUUCAGCUUGUUUGAUCGCGACGGUAAUGGCUACAUUACGGCCGCCGAACUCGCAGGCGCAAUGGCAAAAAUGGGACAGCCGUUGACGUACAAGGAGCUAACGGAGAUGAUCAGAGAGGCGGAUUGCGACGGUGAUGGUAUGAUUAACUUCGACGAAUUUGCCUCCGUGAUGACAAAAUCCGCCCCGGAGUAUCUGAGCAUUGCUCUAUCGUCAUGAUCCAAAACAAAAAUUCAAAAUUGAGGGUAAUUAAUUUCUAAUUAUAAUUAAUUCACUAAUUUUUAGAAUUGAUUUGGCAAGUUAUGGGAAUGUUGAAAUUUACCAAUGUUUUCUGUUUCGUUUUAUUCUGGAUUGAUUCAAUUUGGGAAAUUUGACGUAAUGUAAAGAGCAAUGUGUUCUUUUCUAUGUAAAUAACCUUUUCAAAAUGAA